UCGGAAAGCUUUAACCAAGCUUGACGUCAUCAAACUUACAUAACGAAAGGCGUAUCGCGAGAGUCAUCAGAAGACGCUACAAACCACUAAUUUCACAGUUAGAUCAGAAGUGGCUCAAUAUAUCAACACCGAGGCAACUGAGAUUUGAUUUGCGGCUUUAAUAUGGGAGGAGUAAAUUCAAAGAAACUCAAGGUGAUACACGGCUUCACGAAAAAAUCAAUUGUUGGAAGCAGAGAAGAACUUACCGAAUGGGAAAACAUGGGAUUUAAACUUUACCGAGAAAGAAUGGGAGAUGAGUUAUAUUUCAAGAAAAUGAAAGAGGCCGACGAGCCUCCACCUGAGCCUGGACCCCUCAGUGCAUCACAAAUGGCUCGAUACGUCAAAAAGUACAAAACCCGUUUCGCCUUAAAAACUCUGAUUACUCGUCAACGUGGGACCCACGCUAAAGGUGUUGGGGCUAUAGGAACCGUAACAGUGGUAGAAAACCCUCUUCUUCCCGAGCACGAAUUCUUCAAAGUGGGGCACGUAUUCCCAGUCCGCCUCCGCCAUUCCAACCUCGUGCGAACGGAUGAUACUCAAUUAGACGUAAGGGCGGUGUCUCUGAAGUUUGCGGACAAUGAUUUCGACUCGCCGUUCGAUUUGAUGAUGCAUACGGGUGAAGAGGCUGCUUUUUGGAACAUAGUUAGUUUUGAUAGAAUGUUGACAGCAUUGGCUGGGGGUCCAAAAGUAUUCAAAGCUUUCUGCUUGGAGGAUCCAUGGAACUUCCACUUAGCCAUAGCAGUUUUCCGACGAGCUCCUAAGUCGUUUACUGAUCAGCGGUAUUACUCGUGGAUGGCGUUUGAAUACAAAGCAAAAGAUGGUGUACCACGUUACGCAAAAUUUCGCCUCGUUCCCGCAGAUGACAGAGAGGAGACUGGUUUGAUGACAGAAUACGACCAACGGAAACCAUGGGUGCCUGCCAGAUGGGAAGACGAAAAGAGACCCGAGAGUUACUUAAUCCCAGAAUUCAUGAAUCAGAUUGCUGAAGGGGAAGUAAAAUACAAGCUUCAAAUACAACUGCACGAAAUAAAACCGGAUGACUCACAUCUAAUUUUGCACGCAGCCAGGGCUUGGGAUCAAAAAACACAUCCCUGGUUGGAUCUUGCUGAUGUCACUCUUACGUCAGUGUUGCCAAUAGAGAUAGUAGAGCGCACUCGUUAUUCAUUGGAACAUCGCCCCCUAUCGCUGGGCAUUCCUCCUGCUGACACAAUUUACGACUACAACUCCAUUGCUUACUUGAGGUCGAAAAUUUAUCCCACAUCGAAUAUGAUGAGUUCAAACAGGCCUCGUAAAAAGGUAUCGAGAGAGCAGAUGCUAUCCGAAGUGAGUUAUUGCGUCAAGGUGAAAACAGGAAAUCGUAAGGGAGCAGGAACUGAUGCAAAAGUUGCUUUGACGAUUACAGGGACUAAGGGAAGAACAAAGCCAGUUACCCUAGAAAAAUGGUAUCGCAAUAACUUUCAGAAAGGACAGGAAGACACUUACAUCAUUAAUGCAGAGGAUGUUGGCGAGCCUUUAAUUAUAAAACUCGAGAAUAACCAGGGUGUCGGAUUCCAUCGCUCCAGUGAUUGGUUCGUUGACAAGGUUGAGAUCAAUUGCAGCUCAAACAGUCAAACAGUUUACGAAUUUCCAUGCUACGGAUGGGUGCAGCAAGAGGCAGUUUUCUUUGAAGGGAAAGCAAAGUUGAUAACAGAUGAACAACACGAGGUACUGAAAAAGCAACGACGCCUAGAGGUUCAAAAGCGGCUAGAAAUAUACCAGUGGGGAGAUGAUCCCAAUUUUGACGGAUUUCCAGGGUUUAUCAAAUCCGAGAGCGUGAGGACACUUCCAAAAGACGUACGAUUUACAGAAGAAGCAAUCGAUGACCUCUACCAGGCAAAGCGAAAAGCGUUAAUCAACCUAGGGCUGGUUAAAUUGCUGAACAUGCUUGAGUCGUGGGAAGAUUUUCAUGAUUUCAAGAAGGCGUUCGUCUCUUUUGUUGGAGAGGUUCCUCUGGCCUCCAAGCGCUGGCAAGAUGACCGUUUCUACGGAGCACAGUUCCUUAACGGCUGCAAUCCUGACACGAUCAUGCGAUGCUCAAAACUUCCCUCCAACUUUCCCGUGACACAAGAGUUGGUUGGCAAUCUCCUAGAUGCGGGUGAUACACUGCAAAACGCAAUAAAGGAUGGCCGUGUGUACAUGGUAGAUUACGAGAUUCUUGACGACAUUCCACAUUAUGGCCAAAACGAUUCAAAACUAGAAAGGCGCUACACGUCUGCAUCUUUAGGUUUGUUCUAUGUUCGAGGUAGUGGGGAUGUAGUGCCAAUAGCAAUUCAGUUCCAUCAAGAGCCAAGUGAGACAAACCCAAUAUGGACCCCAAAUGAUUCUGAGCUAGACUGGACCUACGCCAAAAUGUGGCUUCGCAAUGCUGACUCACAAUGGCAUCAAAUGAUAACCCAUCUACUUCGUACUCAUCUUUUCAUGGAGCCUGUCGCUCUUGCCAGCAGGAGGCAAUUGCCAGCACUCCACCCCUUGUGGAAAUUAUUGUCCCCUCACGUGAGAGGAGUUCUGGCCAUCAACACGCUUGGAAGAGAGAGACUUAUUCCUGCCGGAGGUGUGGCGGACAACACGCUUAGCCUGGGUGGUGGAGGUCACAUAGCUCUUAUGAAGAAGUAUUACAAAAGCUUAAGCUGGUUAUCGUAUGACCUUCCCAAAGUGUUAAAAGAGAGAGGGGUUUUUGAUGCAAAUAAGCUUCCUGGCUUCCACUAUCGAGACGACGCCUUACGUCUGUGGCAGGCCAUCGGCGAUUUCAUCAAAGACAUUCUAUCAGUUUACUACCAUUCUGAUCAUGACAUUGAAAUGGACACAGAGCUCCAAGCGUGGAUUCUGGAUCUCCACAACAAUGGUUAUCCUGUGCGUAACGGGGAGAAAUGUCAUGGCUUCCCUGUAUCGGUUAAAAGCAUCCCAGAGCUGACACAUCUGCUGACUAUCAUAAUCUUCACCUGCUCGUGCCAACACGCGGCUGUGAAUUUUUCUCAAAUGGAUACUUUUGGUUUCCCGCCAAACGCUCCCGCUCUGAUGCGACAGCCGCCUCCCACAAGGAAGGGAGUUGUAACCAUAAAAGAUGUCAUGAAAUGUUUACCAACAAAGCAUCAGGCGGGAGUAACCAUAGCAACAGUGUAUGAUUUGACACGCAUCUUUCCAGACGAGCGUUUCCUUGGUGACUAUACGGACGGCCUAUUCACCGACAACGCUGCAUUGGAAGCAAUUCUACGCUUUCAAGGAAAGCUCAAUGAGAUUUCCAGCGCAAUAAAGGAAAGAAAUAAACGGUUAGAGGUCCCUUACGAAUAUCUGCUGCCAGAGAGAACACCAAACAGUAUAGCCAUUUAGAGAUACCACAAAAGAGAACAGAAUGGCCAGAAUACUUGUCGAAUAAAUGACUAACUACAUCAUAGAAGAAAGCUACCAUACCAAAACUUCGUUGUUACUGAGGGGUUAAUCUAUAUUUAUGUCCAUAACCAGAUAGGAAACAAAGUUUAUACUGCUUCUUUUAUUGUAGAAAAUGUAAAUGUUAAAUAACGGAAGAGCUAACCAGAAGAAUAUUUGGCAAUUUUCUAGUGAUACUAGCGACAUCAUCUGCUUCCUUUUUGGUUAAUUUUACCAUUCCACCAAUAUUUGUAAAAUGCUGUUAUCGUUUAGGCAAUUAUUUUAAUGAUCAUAAUCGAGGAACUCGUGUAUGACAGAUCCAAAUCAAACUAGU